AAAAGCCACGCAGAAUGCGGUUGCCAGGCAAUGCAUUAGCACUGUCGCCAUCUUCAACCAGCUGUUUAAAAAGAUUAGCAUGUAAAUUACUACAGCGCACAGGAAGGUUGCUAGUCUACACCUUGGCACCCUCACCACCUUCAAGCAGCAUCUUCACUCUCGUUAUGCAAAGGACGUGAAGCUGUCCCGGAGCAAUGAACGCUUGGCAAGCGCUGCUUGUCGCCAUCUUUGUUAGGGUCAGGAUGACUUCCGACUGCGGCGGAAGAGAAUUUAAUCCGGUUGGUGGGUCUGAGUGGAGGAAGGCGGGAAUUUGGUCAUCUCGCUUCUCGCCCUCUGGCGGCUCCAGACGGCAGACCGACCCGUGCUUCCAGACCUACACUGAGAGUCCCCAGGAGGGCGACUCUCCGGGGUGCGGGCUUCCAGAUGGGGGAUGCGGGGCCAGGGGUUCAUCUGCUGUGCCUCGCAGCCUCCAGCGGGGUCCCCCUGUUCUGCAGGAGCAGCGGCGGCGGCCCCUCCCGUCAACAGCUUCCUUUCUCUGUCAUCGGCUCCCUCAAUGGAGUCCACAUGUUCGGGCAGAAUCUGGACGUGCAGCUGGACUCUGCAAGAACGGAAGACACAACCGUGGUUUGGAAGAGCUUCCAUGACAGGUCCUUGCAUCACACUCAUUGCUGUGUCGUCCGAGGAGGGUGCCUCGGAGCUGAGCCUGGAAAGGAUGCUCCACAUGGUGUUCGGGGCCAUGGUUCUCAUUGUGGGACUUGAGGAGCUGACCAACAUCCGGAAUGUAGAGCGCCUGAAGAAAGAGCUGAGGGCCAGCUACUGUCUCAUUGACAGCUUCCUGGGGAGCUCCGAGCUCAUCGGGGACCUGACCCAGUGUGUGGACUCUGCCAUCCCUCCAGAGGGCUCUCUCAUGCAGGAAACCCUCUCGGGGUUCGCGGAGGCCACUGGCACAGCCUUCGCCAGCCUGCUGGUCUCGGGCCGAGUGGUGGCAGCGACCGAGGGCUGGUGGCGCCUGGGCAUGCCUGAAGCCGUGCUGCUCCCCUGGCUGGUCGGGUCCCUGCCACCACAGGCCGCUCGCGAUUACCCGGUGUACCUGCCCCACGGGAGCCCCAAGGUCCCGCACCGGCUGCUGACCUUAACGCUGCUGCGGGGCCUGGAGUUGUGUCUGCUGUGCGGGCCGCGCCCGCCUCUCGGCCAGCUGGACCCGCAGCUGUUGGAACGCUGGUGGCAGCCGCUGCUGGAGCCCCUCCGCGCCUGCCUGCCCCUGGGCCCCAGGGUGCUGCCCGAAGGGUUCCCGCUGCACAGCGACAUCCUCGGCCUGCUGUUGCUGCACUUGGAACUGAGACGCUGCCUCUUCACGGUGGAGCCUUCGCGGGAUAAAGAGCCUUCCCCUGAGCAGCGUCGGCGCCUCCUUAGAAACUUCUACACGCUGGUGGCCACCACACACUUCCCAGCAGGCCCUGCAGAGAAAGAAGAGGAGGCUGGCAGCCCGGCCCAGAGGCCCAGAGCUUGCUACCUGGUGCUAGGGCCGGGCGCGGGGUGGCGGCUGGUGGCGGUGCAGCUAGGGCUCCGGCGGCUGCUGCUGCUGCUGUCCCCUCAGAGCCCCGCCCACGGGCUGCGAGGCCUCGCCACCCACACUCUACAGGCCCUUACCCCGUUCCUCUGACCACCUAGGGGUGGGGUGUCAACAGACGGGUAAUAUUAGCGUUUCUCUGUUUAUUCGCUCACAAUAAUACACGGACCGGAUGGGGAGAGGGAGGGAGGGUGACAAUGGGGGAGGGGAGGGGAGGAGGUACCAACUUCUCCAGCCCCUCUCCCUCUGUGCUCUGGGGGACAAGGGAGGGAGGGUGCUUCCCUUGACCCCCCCAGAAUGUAAACAGCAGCAGAUGAACAAAAAUAAAAGUACAAAAGGCCA